UCGUUUUUUGUCCACGAUCGGCAACAAAAUUUUACGCUUAUGACUUUGGCAAAACGGAAAUAAUAAAAUCAAAAACUUUGUGCUAAAAAUAUAAAAAACACAGAGAAAGUCAAAUAACUAAAAAAAAAUUGUAUAUUUAAUAAUCAAGCGUUUGGAACAAAAAGGCAGCAUUUCAGUCGACUGUAAAUGGAUGUACAAGUKCAAAUAAGUGAAUGGCAGAAGAGUGAGUGGUCCAUACUAUUCUUGAUAUACCGCUGGUGCUUUGCUGCCUGGUUGGCGGUCACUAUGGGUUUGAGCUUGGAGCUUUUCUUCUUCGAUGGCAAAUGGUUUAUUUAUUUCACCAAUUGGGGUUACUUGCUCUGUACAUUYGUCGCGCUACUCAGCGCCAUACUAGUUACGGUCUACUGUUUCACUGCACCAAAAGCACCUUGCCCACGCUGGAUCGUGAAAUUAUACUGGCAUCUGCAUAUAUCCGCAUUUGUAUGUGCUAUCGGUCUAUCAUUUCUUUAUUGGGCAUUUAUAUAUCCAUUUUCGAAUUUUAAAGUACCCGAAGGCAUACAUCGCAUCGAAAUCAUACGGUUGUAUCGGUACUUCUUCGAUGGACCCGAUAAUCACAGUUGUCUUGCCUACUUCCACAACAUCAAUUCGCAUGCAAUCAACUCGGUUUUAAUGAUUGUCGACCAAGUUGUGGUGGCAUUUCCCACGCGUAUAAUACACUUCGUCUAUCCAGCGCUCAUUGUCAUCGCAUACUUAGUAUUUUCUAUAGUAUACUUUCUGAUAGGCGGCGAAAAUGUCAUAGGAAAACCAUAUAUAUACAGAAUACUUAAUUGGGGCGAAUACCCAGUGUCUUCCUCAUUAGUCGCUUGUAGCGGUUUGCUACUUGUGUUGCCAAUGUGUGUUUUAGCAUUUCUUAUUUACAAAUUACGUGUGCGGGUGAGUUCCAGCAAUUGCCUAUCGUAAAACUGAUAUUAAACUUAAUAUUGGAAAACAAAAAAAAACAAAAAAUAAAUAAAAAUAAA